CUUCCCUGUGGGGCCUGGGCGUGGCUGACAGGGCUUCCUCGGCAGGUGGGACAGGAGACCACCACAGUGCGUCGUGCUGCAGUCCCUUGAGGAGCAAUGACGGAAUAUAAGCUUGUGGUGGUGGGUGCUGGAGGUGUGGGGAAGAGUGCCCUGACCAUCCAGCUCAUCCAGAACCACUUCGUGGACGAGUAUGACCCCACCAUCGAGGACUCUUACAGGAAACAAGUGGUCAUUGACGGGGAGACGUGUCUGCUGGACAUUCUGGACACGGCGGGCCAGGAGGAAUACAGCGCCAUGAGGGACCAGUACAUGCGCACCGGGGAGGGCUUUCUCUGCGUGUUCGCCAUCAACAACACCAAGUCAUUUGAGGACAUUCACCAGUACCGGGAACAGAUCAAGCGGGUGAAGGACUCGGAUGAUGUGCCUAUGGUGCUGGUGGGAAACAAAUGUGACCUGGCUGCGCGCACUGUGGAGUCUCGGCAGGCUCAGGACCUCGCCCGCAGCUACGGCAUCCCUUACAUUGAGACGUCGGCCAAGACGCGCCAGGGCGUGGAGGACGCAUUCUACACUCUGGUGCGCGAGAUCCGGCAGCACAAGGUGCGCAAGCUGAGCCCGCCGGAUGAAGGUGGCCCUGGCUGCAUGAGCUGCAAGUGCCUGCUCUCCUGACAUCCCUGCAGGUCCUGUGUGCCCGUCCAGCACAGGCGCAGGCCCUGGAGGUGCCGGAUGCUGGGAGGAGGGGAAGGAAGGAAGGAAGUGCCGCCAGAGCCCAGCCAGCCCAGGGUUGGUGGACAGAGUGACCAUGGACCUCCCAGGACGCUUUGCACAGACUGUCUUGAACUGAGGCCACUGGCACCCCAGCCGUGCCUCUAUUUGCAGCCCCGUCCCGGCCCGCUGGGCGCAGGUUCAAUUGCAGUAAAUUAUUUGAUGGUCUUGA